AUGAUUGAAUUAUUCCAGCAUAUCGACUAUGAAGAAGUGAAGACAAAAGAAGAGGAGCACAAGGAAGAAGAAGAGGUCGAAAAGAGCACAGUGGAUGAAGAAGUCAAGGAGGCGAAGCCCAAGGAAGAAGUCAAACCAGCGGAAGAGGCCAAGCUGAAAGAGGAGGAGAAGCCUAAAGAGAAGGUUGACAAGAAGAAGAAGAAGAAGGAAGUAAAAGAAGAAGUCAAACCCGCUGAGGAGGCGAAGCCCAAGGAAGAAGUCAAACCAGCGGAAGAGGCCAAGCCGAAAGAGGAGGAGAAGCCUAAAGAGAAGGUUGACAAGAAGAAGAAGAAGGAAGUCAAAGAAGAAGGUAAACCCGCUGAGGAGGCGAAGCCCAAGGAAGAAGUCAAACCAGCGGAAGAGGCCAAGCCGAAAGAGGUGGAGAAGCCUAAAGAGAAGGUUGACGAGAAGAAGAAGAAGGAAGUAAAAGAAGAAGUCAAACCCGCUGAGGAGGCGAAGCCCAAGGAAGAAGUAAAACCAGCGGAAGAGGCCAAGCCGAAAGAGGUGGAGAAGCCUAAAGAGAAGGUUGACGAGAAGAAGAAGAAGGAAGUAAAAGAAGAAGUCAAACCCGCUGAGGAGGCGAAGCCCAAGGAAGAAGUCAAACCAGCGGAAGAGGCCAAGCCGAAAGAGGAGGAGAAGCCUAAAGAGAAGGUUGACAAGAAGAAGAAGAAGGAAGUAAAAGAAGUCAAACCCGCUGAGGAGGCGAAGCCCAAGGAAGAAGUCAAACCAGCGGAAGAGGCCAAGCCGAAAGAGGAGGAGAAGCCUAAAGAGAAGGUUGACGAGAAGAAGAAGAAGGAAGUAAAAGAAGAAGUCAAACCCGCUGAGGAGGCGAAGCCCAAGGAAGAAGUUAAACCAGCGGAAGAGGCCAAGCCGAAAGAGGAGGAGAAGCCUAAAGAGAAGGUUGACAAGAAGAAGAAGAAGGAAGUCAAAGAAGAAGGUAAACCAGCAGAAGAGAUAUCCGAAAAAGAAGAAGUGCCACCAAAGGAAGAUAGCAUGGCUGACGAUCUCCAGGGCACAGGCAAAAGGAAGAAGAUUCCAAAAGCUCUAGUUAUCCCUGAUGAAAUCAGUUCUCGAUUUGGGGAACCAAGCACCCUUCACUCUGAGACCAAUAUCACCACGAAAAUCGUUGCUAGAGAGGGUAGUGCUGAAGCAGUGUCACCUGUGAAGCGGCCACAGUCGGCAAGUAUUGCAAUGAAAGUGGAUAGCGCUAGCAAAAUUCGUUCCAGGGCUGGUACUCCUGAGAGUGAGACAGCAGAGUUUACAUUUAAACGGCGUUCGGAAACACCGGAACUUGUAAAAGAGGAACCUUCAACGAAACAAAAAUUACCGAGUAAAGUUAAAGAUAAAUCUGGCCUUCCACCCAAACCUGAAUCGGAUGUCAGGAAAGAAGAGGAGAGACCUAAAGAGGAGCCUGCGCCUGAAGAAAAGGUGAAGAAGGAUGAAAAGAAGAAGAAGCCAGAGGAGAAGAAAGAGGAGAAACCUGCCGAAGCGCCAGUACCUGAAGAAAAGGUGAAACCUGAGGAGAAGGUGAAGAAGGAUGAAAAGAAGAAGAAGCCAGAGAAGAAAGAGGAGAAACCUGCUGAAGCGCCAGCACCUGAAGAAAAGGUGAAGCCUGAGGAGAAGAAAGAGGAGAAACCUGCCGAAGCGCCAGUAUCUGAAGAAAAGGUGAAGCCUGAGGAGAAGGUGAAGAAGGAUGAAAAGAAGAAGAAGCCAAAGGAGAAGAAAGAGGAGAAACCUGCUGAAGCGCCAGUACCUGAAGAAAAGGUGAAGCCCGAGGAGAAGAAAGAGGAGAAACCUGCUGAAGCGCCGGUACCUGAAGAAAAGGUGAAGCCUGAGGAGAAGGUGAAGAAGGAUGAAAAGAAGAAGAAGCCAGAGGAGAAAAAAGAGGAUGUCAAACCAACCGAAGAAGCAGUACCUGAAGAAAAGGCGAAGCCUGAGGACAAGGUGAAGAAGGAUGAAAAGAAGAAGAAGCCAGAGGAGAAGAAGGAGGAGAAACCUGCCGAAGCGCCAGUACCUGAAGAAAAGGUGAAGCCUGAGGAGAAGGUGAAGAAGGAUGAAAAGAAGAAGAAGCCAGAGGAAAAGAGAGAGGAGAAACCUGCUGAAGCGCCAGUACCUGAAGAAAAGGUGAAGCCUGAGGAGAAGGUGAAGAAGGAUGAAAAGAAGAAGAAGCCGGAGGAGAAAAAAGAGGAUGUCAAACCAACCGAAGAAGCAGUACCUGAAGAAAAGGCGAAGCCUGAGGACAAGGUGAAGAAGGAUGAAAAGAAGAAGAAGCCAGAGGAGAAGAAGGAGGAGAAACCUGCCGAAGCGCCAGUACCUGAAGAAAAGGUGAAGCCUGAGGAGAAGGUGAAGAAGGAUGAAAAGAAGAAGAAGCCAGAGGAGAAAAAAGAGGAUGUCAAGCCAACCGAAGAAGCAGUACCUGAAGAAAAGGCGAAGCCUGAGGACAAGGUGAAGAAGGAUGAAAAGAAGAAGAAGGCUGAGGAGAAAAGAGAGGAGGUCAAACCAACCGAAGAACCAGUACCUGAAGAUAAGGUGAAGCCUGAGGAAAAGUUGAAGAAGGCUGAGAAGGAUAAAAAGAAGAAGGCUGAGCAGAAAAAAGGAGAAGUGAAGCCAGAAGACGCGAAACUUGCAGAAAAAGUAGAAAUUGACGAGAAACCUGUAAUAGAUGAGGUCGAUGAACAAAAGAUAAGAAUAGAAGUCACAGAUACCCAUGAAAAAGAGGCUGACCUGCAAUAUGGAAUACCUGAUGGCGAAAUGUCAGCAGAAGUCGCUUUCGACAUGGUUCCAGAUGGAAUGGAAAGAAUUUCACUCGAGGAAGAAACAGUGAGCAGUCGAUCAUCUAGGAGGUCAUCUGGAACCUCCAGCAUUGAAAGUUAUACUGUAUCUAAGAGAAAAAUGAGAAAGCAGGGUUUCAUCUCGACACCAGGAGGAGAGGUGUUAGCACUUCGUGGCGAUACAGUGCGCCUCGAGUGCGAAUUGGUGGACGAGGAUGAUAAGGUGGAGUGGUUCAUCAACGGUAAACCAUGUGAGGUUGAGUCAAGAAGCAAGGAAGAAAUUAGUGGUCCUAUCAGAAGCCUCACGAUCACAGAUCUGAAACCAGAAGAUACAGGAAUGACCGUCGAAGUUCGACUGGGAGACAGUGUUGCAACGUCAAGAAUUACUGUUGAAGAGACUUUCGCUGAAAUUACCAAACGAUUAGAACGCAGAACAGUCGGUAAGGAGAAUACGCCUGUCGUCCUUAUCAUCGAACUGGAUCACCCACCGAAAGACGUUAAGUGGACCAAAGAUGAUAAGUUAAUUGAAGACUCGGAAAAAUACGAGAUCACCUCCGAUGGAAAGUCUUGUCGACUCACCAUCAAAAACGCGGAUUUCGACGACGCAGGGCAGUACGUUGUAGAGGCUGACGGUUCUAAGUCCUACACAAACCUUCACAUUUCUGGCAAACCGAGAAUAAAACACAGUCACAGAGAUGUGGUAGAGGUUGAGAGAGAUGAAAGUAUCAUGCUGAAUGUAGGAUUCGACUGUCAAGAUGAUGUGGUCGCGACGUGCUUCCUAAAUGGUAGCGCUCUCCGAGAAGAUGCAAAGACUCAUAUCGAUGUACUCGAAAAUUUGGUGAAGUUCUGUAAGCGGCAAGUGACUAAAGCAGAUUCUGGAGAGUACACAAUCAAGCUGUCGAACGAACAUGGAGAAGAUGUCGAAGCAUUCACAGUUAAAGUUAAAGGUUUGUUUAUUAUUAUGUGGUUCAUUUAG